AUGUUUUAUCCCGUGGAAUCUCUGAGAAGGGGAGGUAGAUUUUAUUUAUGUUGGGUGGCGGAUUCUUGGCCUCUUCGUUUUGCCGCUAUUAACCAACGCCAGCUCUGGACUCAAGAUAUUCGACAAAUAUGUAACGAUUUACUAGAAGUCAUUGUACAAGAAUCUGGUCGGCCUUCCAACAGAUUUUCUCUCCGUUUAAGUUCACAACUUCUGCGAGGACUAGUCCGCCUAUAUCAAAGAAAAGUUACCGUAUUUGUAGGUGAUCUUUGUAUGAUUAAUGCGCAUGUUAUGAAAUCUACUCAUAAGAGGUCACCCCAAGAGCACAGACCUCAUGAGCACCGUCGUCAUCAAAUGCCUAGAUUAGUUUUUGAGGAACAACCUGAUGAAGAAAUAGCCCUAGAACUAAUUCAGAAUAGUGGAAAUAUUGUUGCUCGUAUUGAUGAUAUAACUCUGAAAGAGCCAACUUUACCUGAAAAUAGACCUAUUGAUGACGGUUUCGGUGAGCUGCAGCCGUACCAGCAGGUGGUCGUGCUGUCGGAGCGCACGAUGGAAAUGAUGCUGGCGCGCGACACGUCGGCCGCCGCGCACAGCGCUCUCGACCUCCAGCUGGACCGCUCCGACAAGUCGCACGACAAGUCCCGACUGGUCGCGCCCGACGCCGCGCUCAUGGAGAGGAUAUCGGAGCACGAUAUAUCUGCGCUGGGGAAAUCAAUGGGGGAAGAACUACGUGCUGUAGGUGAUUUUGACAAAGAAAUACCUGAAAUAUCCGAAAUCCCGCCUCCCGAAUUGUCUGCUCCCCAAGAAAUGCAAAUUGACGCUGAUAAAACUUUGCAAGCCGAAAAACCGAUUGCAGAACAAAUAUCACUGGAUCUAAGACCCACAAACUUGUCCUUGGAGGAAAUCGCGUUGGAAGAAUUGGAACAAGAACGAUUGGCGAAGAAACACAAACCUACAAAGUUAAAAAUCGACAAAAAGACAAAAUUGAGCACUGAUUACAUAAGAUCGCGUAUUGCUGACAACUAUGUGGAGUUACGAGAGGAAAUGAUCGAUGAUGUAAUGCACGUACCGGCAUCUCUGCUGUUCGAGCGUCCUGCCCACGUGGGACACAGAGUCCGAUGCAAUCUAGGCCUCACUUUGAGGAGAAUGUAUUUGAGGAACCUGGGCUACGGGAAGAAACAUACGGGCCUUGAUAUGGAAGUAGAAGAACCUCUAGCACGAAGGCAAACUAGAAAAUCCGCUCUAGAAAGAAUAACUGAGGAGACUGAACCCAUUCAUAUUGAACCACCAAUUGUAGAACCACCACAAGUUAUACCAGACAUAAAUAUUUCGAUUCGAGAUGCUACAGUCGAAGAACAUAUGGAUAUAUCGAACUUGCCUACGCAGAGAAUUCGCACUCUGUCGCAGACGGAUAUACAAACUGAAGUUAUGGUGUCUCCACCUAAAAGAUUGCGCCGUAGCGGCUACGUGUCGUUUAAGCAAAGUCAACAAAUUUCAUUGGAAGAUAAUUUAGAUACGAACAAAGAAAACGUACCAACAGCUGAAAGAAUAGAAUCUUUGUUGCAUGAGGCUGGUUUAGCCGAUAUGCAGGACAAGCCGACACACACGCAGACAAACAUACAAACGCAAGCAAAUACCCGAAUCACGCGCAAGGACACGACCGAUAGUGAGACACCUCUGGGAAGUCUCGAUAGAACUAAAGUGUCACUUGGGGAUUCCGAAAGGACUACGGACACGGGAAGAUUUAUCCGGGACGAGUGGGGCACGCAGGGCGCGAUGAGCAAGGUGUACGAGUGCGUGCGGCGCGGCGCGCGCCCGCUCGGGCUGCGCCGCCUGCUGCAGCUCGGGCCCGUGCUGCGCGGCCACGCCAGGGCGACAGCCGCCAAGUGCUUCUUCUCCUUGCUCAAGUUAAAACAACACCAAUUCAUCAGCAUUUGCAAAGAUCCGGAAACCUUAGAAAUUGUAGAUAUAACUCUAGGACCUAGACUGCUAAAACCGUAA